AUGGUGACGCUCACAGAAGACCCUGUCCUUCCACACCAGCUCCCCGCACAACCCCGCAAUGCCUUGCCACAGAGCUUUCAGCCCAGAGAAGAGGAACUAUCUGGAGAUCCCGUCCGCCCAGCCGAGACGCAGGCAGCGCUCCUGCAGAGGCGCUUGGGUUCUGGGGAGGGCAGGGAGACGACAAGCAGCCGCUGCGGGCCCCAGACAAGGACCGGGGGCCUCUGGUGCGAGGACACAGCGCAAAAUGGACUGCGACCCAGACCAGGUGCUCGGCUCUGCAUUGAGCACAGGCUCGCGUUCAGUCUGCGCUUCACCUUUGGGAACGAUAAGAAGAAGAAAUACGAGCCUCCAGUUCCAACCAGAGUGGGGAAAAAGAAGAAGAAAACAAAGGGACCAGAUGCUGCCAGCAAGCUUCCCCUGGUGACCCCUCACACGCAGUGCAGACUCAAAUUGUUGAAAUUGGAGAGAAUUAAAGAUUACCUCUUAAUGGAGGAAGAAUUUAUCAGGAAUCAAGAACAGAUGAAACCUUUGGAAGAAAAACAAGAGGAAGAAAGAUCCAAGGUGGAUGAUCUGAGGGGAACACCAAUGUCCGUGGGUACCUUGGAAGAGAUCAUUGAUGACAACCACGCGAUCGUGUCCACCUCAGUCGGGUCGGAGCACUACGUCAGUAUCCUGUCUUUUGUGGACAAGGAUCUGCUAGAGCCAGGCUGCUCUGUUUUGCUCAAUCACAAGGUUCAUGCUGUGAUAGGAGUCCUGAUGGAUGACACAGAUCCUUUAGUGACUGUGAUGAAAGUGGAGAAAGCUCCUCAAGAAACAUACGCUGACAUUGGUGGCCUUGACAACCAGAUUCAGGAAAUCAAGGAGUCUGUGGAGCUUCCUCUCACCCAUCCUGAGUAUUAUGAAGAGAUGGGUAUAAAGCCACCCAAAGGCGUCAUUCUGUACGGCCCGCCUGGCACAGGUAAAACUUUACUAGCCAAAGCAGUGGCAAACCAAACUUCAGCGACCUUCCUGAGAGUGGUCGGUUCAGAACUUAUACAGAAAUAUUUGGGUGACGGUCCGAAGCUGGUGCGCGAGCUGUUCCGUGUGGCUGAAGAGCAUGCUCCGUCGAUCGUCUUCAUUGACGAGAUCGACGCCAUCGGCACCAAGAGGUACGACUCGAACUCGGGUGGUGAGAGAGAGAUCCAGCGGACAAUGCUGGAGCUGCUGAAACCGCAGUUUGACUCGCGGGGGGAUGUCAAAGUUAUCAUGGCUACGAACAGAAUAGAAACACUGGACCCAGCUUUGAUUAGGCCAGGACGUAUUGACAGGAAAAUAGAGUUUCCUCUACCCGAUGAGAAGACCAAGAAACGCAUCUUUCAGAUCCACACGAGCAGGAUGACGUUGGCAGAUGACGUGACCUUGGAUGAGCUGAUUAUGGCAAAAGACGAUCUCAGCGGUGCAGAUAUUAAGGCAAUCUGUACAGAGGCUGGACUGAUGGCGCUGCGGGAGCGGAGAAUGAAAGUAACAAAUGAAGACUUCAAGAAGUCUAAAGAGAAUGUUCUCUAUAAGAAGCAGGAGGGAACCCCCGAGGGACUGUACCUUUGAGUCACCUGGGGCCUCUCUUUGGGGACUGUCAGGAUCUCCUUCUGGGGCUGGGAGGACAGUCUUGCAUAAAACCACA